AGUAACAGAAUUGAUCAGCUGAUUGAACUUUUUUACCUUAACAUGUGAGUGAAAUUGUUUACAUUUACUGAUUCAUUUGAGAGAAUUAAUUAUUGUGUGUGUUGAUUUCACAAUUAGAAUCAUGUUUAGAAAGUAUAUCAACACGGGAAUCGCUGCAACAAUUGGUUGUAUUGGCGGUGUAUUAGUGGAAAAGUAUCGCAAUCAAGGUGAUUUAAUUGUUCAUGCUGAUGCCUCGGUUGUGAAUUCAUUCAAACCAACUGAUGAUUUACUUUUACCUUCUAAUCAAAUCAAACCGAUUCCUGGUGAAAAUACCACUUCAAGAGUUUCAACCAUCAUGAAACAUGGUUAUCCAAGUUUCGAUUCAGUUCGAACUUAUCGGAAUUUUGUUCUAUCUUAUGAUCGUCGAUUACGUUCAGCUAAUUGGGUGUUUGAGCAUUUGACACCGAACAGUUUAGAGAAAAAUAAUUCAGUGUCUCGGAAGAAUUGUGACUUUUUUGAAGAUCAAUCAAUUCAUCCAACAUUUAGAGCUCGAAACACAGAUUUUAAAUCGAGUGGUUAUGACAGAGGCCAUUUAGCACCAGCGGGCAAUUACAGAUCGAUACAAGAGGAAGGCUGUCAAACCUUCAUUCUAUCAAAUAUCUCACCUCAAGUUGGUGUUGGUUUUAAUCGAGGUGUUUGGAAUAAUCUAGAAAAAUACGUUCGAUAUCGAGCUCGACGAUCGAAAAAUCUUUGGUCAGUGACUGGCCCAUUGUACCUUCCAAGAGUCGAAGGAGGUAAAAAGUACGUUAAAUAUGAGGUAAUUGGAGAUCGUGACGUUGCCGUGCCGACUCAUUUUUUCAAAGUUCUUCUUAUCGAGAAUGAGACUGGUGAAUAUGAAUUGGAAAGUUACGUUAUUCAAAACAAAGCGAUGGACGAUAACAUCCCCCUGAAAGCGUUUCAAGUGCCAAUCGAUAGUAUUGAACGAAGUGCCGGUUUCAUAUUGUUCGAAAAAGUUCCGAAGAAUUUACUAAAAUCAAUCAACAGUAAUAAUCGAUUAUUAGAAAAUUUUCAAAAAAGCUCAACAAAAUAAUGAACAUAAAUAGUGAGAAAACAUU